CCGGUGUUGGAAAACGUUGCGUAGACCUUACUAAUUUCUGGACCAGUCUCGUGUAUUUUUGUCGCUUAUUUUUGACUGAAAAUGCACCUACUGAGACAGCUUCGCCAGUUAAAUGGCCUCCAAGGAGUACGGCAGGUCAUCCGCCAGGUGUCCUUAGCGCCCACUAAACCCUCAGCCCUGCAGUACGAGCGCGAUCCGCAGCCGCUGUUUACGGAUGCCGAAACACAAAGGCUGCUCCAGUCCAUGACGCAACUAAACUUGGAUAAAGUGUAUCGGAUGCGCACGGUGCCAGAUAACAGCACCGAAACUAGGUUCAUGACCAACGAGCAGCUGGACAGCGAAUUUCAGGAUGUGGUUGUGCGGGCUCAGCACAUGCUACAAAUGCCACCAAUUGUAAUGGUGAAGAAAGAUGUGGAGCGGGUGAUAGCCAAGGAUCCGGCACUCAAGGACUUUGAUACCACCAAGUACGUGUUUACAGAUAUUACCUUUGGUCGGCGGCAGUCCGAACGCAAGGUAUUUGUUAGGGAGACGGAUGGAACAUUGGCCUACGCCAAUCUGGAAACCACCAAACGAAUGAAUCAGUUGUAUUUUCCGCUGGAGGGGCGCCAGUCCUAUAAUCCUCGCAUGUUCGUAUUGGAAGAGCUGCUGUCCAAAUGUCUGUCGGAGCACAAAUACGAGUUUAUCCUCGAUCGCCUCCUGGUGCAGUACGAACCCCAUGAGCCAGAGUUCCAUAAUAUAUCCGCCCGCGUCUUCGAGCAUCUCAACGAGUCCAAGCAGUUCGAUCUUCUGCGCUCCACCCGCCACUUCGGACCUAUGGCUUUCUUCUAUGCCUGGCAUCGUUGCAUUGACGAUCUGCUGUACGACAUGAUCCGCCGGGAUUACCUGCACAAUGCCGUGGAGUUGAUUGCCUUGAGCUACAAAGUUCACAAAAUACCAGUGGAAUAUCAGACUACACUUAAUGAACUAGAAAAACUGCAUCCAUCCACAGCAGAAAGUGCUCUGGCGGAGCUGAGGACCGUCUUCCGACGACCGGAUGAUAAGGAAAACAUUGAGCAGGAAAUUCACUCGGCCAUUGGCAAAUCGGAGCCGGAUUUCGCCGCCGAUGAGAUUAGUUUAAAGUUCAUCGAACAGUACAUUGCUAGCGAGCAUUCAUUCAAGAAGGUGCAAUUGGAGCUGGCAGUGCAGACCCUCAAGGAAGUCAACCGGGAAAAGCUCUUGCUGUUCCAGGGUUUGAAAAAAGCACACGGUGUUCAGGCUUCGUAGGAUCCUCACACUUUAUUGUUAUCGAUUUCUAUAUACUAAUAAAUAUGAGCUAGGUCAAAUA